CAUCAACCCAUUUCUCAUUCUCUUCAUCACAAUCUUUUCUACAACAACACAGCAACCACAACCACCACCACCACCACUUUCUCUAACUUCUUUUUUCUACGUUUUUACAGCAACAAAAAUGAGAACAGCAAUAUUAUUAGAAGCAGCGAUGACACCAUUACAACAACAACACUCAGCAUUACAAAUACAUUCACCAUGGCAUUCUCCAGUUCCAUAUCUAUUUGGUGGUUUAGCAGCUAUGUUAGGUUUAAUAGCUUUUGCUCUUUUAAUUCUUGCUUGUUCAUACUGGAAACUAUCAGGUAAUUUAGAUAACAGAGAAGAUCAGAAUGGUGAUCAGGAAAGAGAUUUAGAAAAUGGUGACGAGAAAUCUAGUAACCAAGCUAUGAAGAUUCCAGUAGUUUAUGAAGAAAAAAUUGUUGUUAUUAUGGCUGGUGAUGAGAAGCCUAGAUAUUUAGCUACUCCUAUAUCUAGUAAAACUUCUUCUUUUGCUGGUCAGAACGAUAACAGCAAAAAUAUCAAGACAAAUGAAAGCAAAGAAGAGGAUGGCGAUGAGAAAUCGCAAGUUAAAGUUGAUGAAGAAUCAAAAGAAGAAAGUAGUACUCAUCAUCAAAACAAUGAAGAGAACUCUGAAAGUUAAUAAUCAAGCAGAGCAAAAUUAAGAAGAUUCUUUCUUCUUUAAUUUUUACUUUUUUCCUCUUCUUUGAUUUUGUUCAAAGACCAAAUUGAAAAUUUUGGGUUUGAUGAUGGUUAAUUUGGUUUGAAUGAGGUGAUUAGAAUUAGGUUAAGGGUCUUCCUCUAUGUAGAAGAAAUUAGAAAAAAUUAUUGAAGAAAUGUAUAAAAGUUUUAGUUCCAAUCUCAUGAUAUUUUCUUCUGUGUUCUCCAA